AGGUGCCCUACUGACUUUGCUGAGGUUCCUUCUAUUCUGAUGGAGUACUUUGCAAAUGAUUAUCGAGUAGUUAACCAGUUUGCCAGACAUUAUCAAACUGGGCAGUCACUGCCCAGAAGUAUGGUGUCUCGCCUUUGUGAAUCAAAAAAGGUUUGUGCUGCAGCUGAUAUGCAACUUCAGGUCUUCUAUGCUACUCUGGAUCAGAUCUACCAUGGGAGGCAUCCCCUGAGGAGCUCCACCACAGACAUUCUCAAGGAAACACAGGAGAAAUGUUACGGCUUACCCUAUGUUCCAAAUACUGUGAGUCUGGCGUUUUGACCCUGGUGUGUGUCA